AUGGCUUUUGAUCGUUACUCUGCCAUCUGCUGGCCUCUGCUCUAUCUGCUCAUCAUGUCCAAUAAGGUGCAUGUCCAGCUGGUCGUGGCUUCCUAUGUGGGAAGCUGUGUCAACGCCAUGAUUUUUGAAAGUUCUGUGUUUAGUUUGUCCCUCUGUGGGCCAAAUGAAAUCAAUCAUUUCUACUGUGAUUUGUCUCCUUUGCUAAAGCUUGCCUGUUCUGACCCCCGAGUGGCUCAAAUCUUGAAAACUAUCACUUCAAUUUUCAUCAUUUUAGUCACGAUUCCCAUCAUAGUCAUCUCCUAUCUGCGUAUACUCUCUGAAAUUCUCAGAAUCCCCUUUACUGAGGGUAGACACAAGGCUUUCUCCACCUGUGCCUUUCAUCCGACCACCAUCACACUGUUCUAUGGGACUCUGACGUUAAUUUAUAUGCAGCCAAACUCCAGGUACUCAAUGGAUAAGAAGAAAGUGGUGUCUGUGUUAUACAUGGUGGUGAUCCCCGUGCGGAACCCUCUGAUUUACAGCCUAAGGAACAAGGAUGUGAAGGAAGUGCUGAGACGAGUAUUGACUCAAAAGAUUUCCUGA